AUGCCGGCGCCGACGGGGCAGGACGCGAGUGCUAAAAACAGUGACGUGCAUGUUAUCGACAUCGACUUGGAUGUCGAUCAAGUUGUCGCUCCCAUAGACAAAUCUGAUAUCCCAGUGAUACACAUCGACAAACCGAAGCAAGUGUACAGUACCAUGAACGGAAACGGAAUAGCAAAUUCGAAACCCAAGCAGCAGAAUGUCGCUGAGGCAGUUGAAAGGGCAAGAGACGCAUACAACCGCGGUGUGACCCGCCCUCUAAAAUGGCGUCUGCAGCAGCUAAAGAACCUCCUUCGCAUGUACGAAGAAAAUCAGAAUGCCAUGAUCGAAGCCCUACGUAAGGAUCUGAGAAGAAGUAAGAUGGAAUCUGUCAUGCUGGAAGUGGCAUACCUGAUCAAUGAUCUCAGGAGUAUCAUACACAACUUGGAGGACUGGGCUAAGCCUGAGAAGCCGGAAAAGGGUUUCGUAAACAUGCUAGAUGACGUGGUCAUCUACCAUGACCCUUACGGAGUAACCCUGGUCAUCGGUGCCUGGAACUACCCCCUGCAACUGCUGCUGCUCCCAGUGUCUGGCGCCAUCGCUGGUGGUAAUGCCGUCAUCGUCAAACCCAGUGAGCUUGCCACAGCUUGCGCUGCCUUCGUCGCUGAAACCAUCCCCAAGUAUUUGGAUAAUGAUGCAAUUAUCGUAGUGGAAGGAGGUCCCCAAGAAACCACAGAGCUGUUGAAACAGAAAUUCGACUACAUUUUCUUCACCGGCGGCACUAGCAUCGGCAAGAUUGUCUACGAAGCCGCCGUCAAGAACCUCACCCCUGUCACCUUGGAACUUGGAGGCAAAAGCCCAGUAUACAUUGACAACACAGCAGACAUAAUGAUAACCACAAAGCGAGUGCUCUGGGGUAAAUUCAUCAACGCUGGUCAGACAUGUAUCGCGCCGGACUACAUUCUGUGUACCAAAGAGACCCAGGACAAGUUUGUCGCAGCCGCCAAGAAGGUCCUACAAGAAUGGUAUGGACCAGAACCACAGAAAUCUCCAGACUUCGCCAGAAUCAUCAAUUCUAGACAUUUUAGCCGUCUCCAAGCCUUAGUGGACGCGAGCAAAGACAAAAUCGCCAUCGGAGGUUCCUACGAUGCUAACGACAAGUUCGUUGAACUGACUGUUCUGACAAAUGUCGUGGGGUCAGAUAAGAUCAUGCAGGACGAGAUCUUCGGGCCCAUCCUCCCCAUAGUCCCUGUUGAAAACGCUUAUGAAGCUAUCAAGUUCAUCAACGAGAGAGAGAAGCCGCUAGUGCUGUACGUGUUCUCCAAGAGCGACAAGGUUCUGUCACAAAUUGUGGACAACACUAGCAGCGGCGGAAUGUGCGUUAACGAUACCAUGAUGCACCUCGCAGUUGAGUCGCUGCCGUUCGGCGGUGUCGGCGCCAGUGGUUUAGGUGCAUACCACGGGAAGAAGACUUUCGAAACGUUCACACAUAAGAAGAGUUGCCUUGUCAAGAACUUCUCGCCUAUUGGAGAGAAAUUGGCUUCUGGCCGUUACCCACCAUACACAGACGGCAACUUGAAGAUGUUAAACCUACUUCUCCGCAAACGUUUUGGUCCAUCACUGAAGUUCUUGCCUUACCUACUCUGCUUCGCGGUGGGCGCCGGACUCUCAUAUGGCAUCUUCGCUUGGCAAAAGGUAAAGAAGUAA